CGUUCGGGGCCAGGAGCCUGGGAAAUAGAGUCGUAUGCUCACUGGACUGAGGGGCCAAGAGGGGGCGGGGGAAGAAGCGAGGCGAGUCGGGUCGCAGACGUUGCCCUCGGGGACCCUCAGUGAGCCCUGGCCAACCCUCCUAGUCCUUAUCAAGUCGGGCACGGCCUUGCACAGGAGAGCCCCACGUUUUACCCUGAGCUCGGGCCUUCUGAGGUGGGAGGUCCCUGGAGGUGGCUGUGGCCACUGCAAGGGCCACUAGGAAGUUGAUUUGUCUGUCUCAUCCUCCCCUGGCCCAGCCUCAUUCUCUCAGUUCUUGGAAAGGCUAUGUUCAAGCCCUCCCUCAUCUCAUUCACCCCAGCUACUGACCCCAGUGACCUCUGGAAGGAUGGGCAGCAGCAGCAGCAGUCACAGCCUGAAGAGCCAGAGGCCGCCCUGGAUGGGGCUACUGCCAGAGCUUUCUACGAGGCCCUCAUCAGGGAUGACAGCAGUGCCCUUGAGCCCAAGGCACCUCAACCUGAGCCUGCACAGGAAAGAAAGAGGAAGAGGAGAAGAACUAUGAGGGAGACAGCAGCAGAAACAGGGUCUGCAGGAGCACCGGAAAGACAUGGACAGUGGAGAUCCCCUGAGGCCGAGGACAAGAUGACCCAGCGGAUCCUGAGGGCAGCCCAGGAGGGAAACCUGGCAGAACUGCGAAAGCUGUUGGAACCCCAUGAGGCAGGGGGAGCUGGAGGGAAUAUCAACGCCCGGGAUGCCUUCUGGUGGACUCCCCUGAUGUGUGCUGCCCGGGCGGGCCAGGAGGCUGCUGUGCGCUAUCUCCUGGGCCGUGGGGCUGCCUGGGUGGGCGUCUGUGAGCUGAGUGGCAGGGAUGCUGCUCAGCUGGCCGAAGAAGCCGGCUUCUCCGAGGUGGCUCGCGUGGUCAGAGAGAGCCAUGGAGAGACAAGGAGCCCAGAGAACCGGUCCCACGCCUCUUCUCCCCAGUACUGUGAGACCUGUGAUGCCCAUUUCCAAGACUCCAACCACCGCACAUCUACUGCUCACCUGCUGUCAUUGUCUAAGGAUUGUCAGUCCCCCAACGUUGGCCUUGGGGUGCCCACCACCAGCCCAGGUUUCCAGCUGCUAUUGCGGGGAGGCUGGGAGCCAGGAAUGGGGCUGGGACCCCGAGGUGAGGGCCGAGCCAACCCCAUCCCCACUGUCCUCAAGAGGGACCAGGAAGGAUUAGGCUACAGAUCACCACCCCAGCCCCGAGUCACACACUUCCCAGCUCGAGAUACCCGGGCUGUGGCCGGAAGGGUGAGAGGCCCUCGGGUGGCUACACUGAGCCGGAGGGAGGAGCGAAGGCAAGAGGAACGGGACAGAGCCUGGGAGCGGGAACUGAGAACAUACAUGAACCUUGAGUACUGACCUUGAUCGAGCCUGGCCCUGGCCUACUGCUGAAGUCUGAAUUGGUCCCUGGCCUGGGCACUUUGACUUGACUUUCUGGGAUCUGGCCAGGUACAGAACUUCAGUUUUUGAUCAGUGGGCUGAGUUGAGAAAUAAAUUAAGCAUCUCA